AUGGAACCAGAGAACCUAACAGGGGUUUCAGAAUUUCACCUUAUGGGAUUUUCAGAAGAACCAGAACAGCAGCCUCUCAUAUUUGGACUGUUCCUCUCCAUGUACCUGAUCACUGUGUUUGGAAAUCUGCUUGUCAUCCUAGCCAUCAGCUCAGACUCCCAUCUCCUCACUCCUAUGUACUUCUUCCUCUCCAACCUGUCCUUUGUAGACAUCUGCUUCACCUCCACCACCAUCCCAAAGAUGCUGUGGAACAUCCAGAAAGAGAGAAAAGUCAUAACCUAUAAAGGCUGCAUCACCCAGGUGUAUUUUUUCACACUCUUUGUAGUACUGGACAUCUUUCUCCUGAAUAUCAUGGCCUAUGACCGAUUUGUGGCCAUCUGUCACCCCCUGCAUUACAUGGUCAUCAUGAAGCCUCAGCACUGUGGAAUGAUGAUUCUAGUGUCCUGGAUCAUAAGUGUCCUGCAUUCCUUGUUAGAAAGCUUAAUGGUAUUGCGACUGUCUUUCUGUACAGUCUUAGAAAUCCCUCACUUUUUCUGUGAACUCAACCAGAUGAUCCAGCUUGCCAGUUCCAACUCCUUUCUCAAUAAAGUGGUGACGUCUUUUGUAGCUGUGCUGCUGGGUGGUGUUUCCUUUGCUGGUAUCUUUUGCUCUUACUCUAAGAUAGUUUCCUCCAUACGUGGAAUCUCAUCAGCUCAGGGGAAGUACAAAGCAUUUUCCACCUGUGCAUCUCACCUCACAGUGGUCUCCUUAUUUUAUUGUACAGGCAUAGGAGUGUACCUUAGCUCUGCUGCUACCCACAGCUCACAAUCAAGUGCAACAGCCUCAGUGAUGUACACUGUGGUCACACCUAUGCUGAACCCCUUCAUCUACAGUCUGAGAAAUAAAGAGUUAAAGAGGGGUCUGAAGAUGGUCUUUGUAAAGGAGACUAUAAAAGGGCCUAUCCUUUUAAGCACUUAA